AUGGUUGGGAAACAGGGUUCUGUAUACAUUGUCACGUGCAGUGAUGCCAUUCGCCAGGCACGUGUCACAAGGGUGAGGUCGGACGGGCUUCGCAAGCUGGCAAAGGUCAAAUUAUCUAGAAGCGAAUCUGGGGCUCAUCAUGUUUUUUCAACGUAUGGGCAAUCCAUUGAUGUGAAAAUUUCCAGAACAGAUUUGCCAAGCAAACGUGGGUUUCCCUACGUGUCCUUUGUGAACUGGCUUCGCUAUCUUGUUGAGUACGACCAGCUUGAGCACUUAGUCGGGGUGAAAGACUUGGGUGAGAUGAACAAGAUCCUACUGACAUUUUGGGACAAGUUCUCAAAGAUUCACACUGAACAUGUCAUCUCUACAAAGGAUACUGCAUUCCGAAAGAUGUGCAUCCCGGUUCUGCUACAUGGAGAUGAGGGAAGGGGCUUGAAAAAAAAGCAGCUGAUGGUGUUGGCUACACACGGCAUCUUAGGCAAGGGCUGCAGCCAUAGUACGAAUGAUGUUGGGGGUGAAGCUCUCCGUCUCAAUAUGGUUGGAAACACCUGGUUGAACCAUUUCUUGCAAUGUGUCCUCCCGAUCUCUCUCUACAAUGAGACGCCUGAAGCUUUUUUUCACAUGUUGGACUUACAGGCCAAAGAAUACAAACAGCUGUUUGAAGAAGGCUUAGUAGUACAGGGUCGACGGUACUAUGUUUGCUGUGUGGGUGUGAAGGGCGAUGCCCCAUUUAUUUCGAAAUCUGGGAAAUUCGAACGUGCUUUUACCCGAAGACCUACCCGUGCUUCCAGCAAGAAGGCAGCUGAUGGCAUUUGUCAUUUGUGUCUUGCGGGGAAGGAGAACUAUGAUUUUCCAGUUCCAUUCGAGGAAUACGGGGUGCAGCGGCCUGCAUGGCUUUGGACAGUUGGUUCAGUUUGCCCCUACUCAGAGCCAUCCCCUUUGCUUCAAAUCCCUUUUGAAAUUGGUGGUACUACGGAAGCCCUCUGGUGCUUCGAUUUGUUCCACAAUUUCCACAGUGGUUUGGGAAAGUACUUUGCAAGUUCUGCAGUGUGUAUUUGCCUGGAAUUGGUUCAACUUAGCAUUGAUGAUGCCUUCAACUUCAUCACAGCUGAUUUCAAUUCCUACUGCCGGAGGAACAAAGAGAGUCCAUACCACAAGAAAUUGACGAAAGCGUUGUUUGGGGUGGAGCAGGGUUUUCAGGAUUGUCCUGAUGGAGGAUGGAGCAAAGGAGAUUUCACCAGACUAGUGCUCAAAUGGUUUGGCGACUACACUUCAAGACAUGCUGAAGCAGCCGUGGCGAUCAACGAGUGCCUGGGAGGGCUCUACCGUGAGGGUGUUUUCAUCCCAGCAGCCCGUUGCGAGACAAGGUUUGCAAUUUUUACGUUGCUACGCUUGGUUGGCUAG